AUGGGAGAUAUCAAUAAUACAGUAGUGACUGAGUUCAUUUUGCUUGGCAUUUCCAAUUACCCCAAGGCUCAGAUGGUGAUGUUUGUGGUUUUCUUUGUAUUUUAUCUUAUGACACUAUUAGGCAAUGGACUCAUGGUUGUUUUGAUCAUCAUCAGCCCUCUCCUGCACACUCCUAUGUAUUUCUUUCUCAGCAACCUUUCCUUCUUGGACAUGUUCUACACCACCUGCAGUGUUCCACAAAUGCUGGCCAACUGCUUCUCCCGUUGGCCCACCAUUUCCUAUAUAAGGUGUGUAAUUCAGAUGUAUGUCAGCCUCUUCCUUGGCAUAGCGGAGUGCUUUUUGCUGGCCGUCAUGGCAUAUGAUCGCUUUGCUGCUGUCUGUAACCCCUUGCAUUACACCCUCAUUAUGAGCAGAAAGCUUUGUAUCCAACUGGCAGUCACAACUUGGGCUGGUGCCCUUGUGAUGACCCUCAUCCCAGGGCUCAUGCAGCCCACACAAUUCUGUGGCCAUAAUGUCAUUAACCAUUUCACUUGUGAGAUUCAGGCAUUCAUCAAGUUGGCCUGCUCUGAUACACACCUCAAUGAGAUAGUUCUCAUGGCCAACAGCUUUGUAGUUCUCAUUGUACCCUUCCUCUUUAUCCUACUGACCUAUGGGCGCAUCACCUUAGCUGUGCUACGUAUUCGCUCUGCCAAGGGCCGAGGCAAAGCUUUUUCAACCUGUGGCUCCCAUCUGGUAGUAGUCAGCGUCUUCUAUGGCUCAGCCAUCUCCAUGUACUUACGGCCACAGGGCAAAACCUCUGCUGACCAUGACAAAAUCAUCUCUCUGUUUUAUGGAGCUGUGACCCCAAUGAUCAACCCCCUAAUUUACAGUCUUAGAAAUAAAGAUGUGAAGGGGGCUUUUUGGAGGCUGCUUGGGAAGAAAAUGUCUGAAUGA